AUGCCUAGUGGUGAUGUGAAUUUAGGAGGGUACGAAAUCCGGUGCCAAAGUGUCUACGGAUUCCUUCCGUGCACCAACAAGUUAUGGGGGCAGGUGUUUCUGAUCGUUGUCUACGAGUACUUGCUUUCUCUUUCAGAUGCUUACAUUGCUAAUGGUUCUGAGCUCUUCUUCAAAAUGUUUGGAACUGGUUUUUUUGGUGCUAGUUUGUUUCAAAUGCUCGGUAUGAUCCCACGAGUCGCGCUAAUUCUUGUGGCUGGAGUGUCAGGAACAAAAGAAAAUAUACAAGCCAUGGCAGCAAUGGGAAUGGGAUUACUUGCAGGAUCAGUGAUGAUGAGCCUUACCCUAAUUUGGGGUUCAAUCGUGAUAUUUGGUCACUAUGAUAUUUUACCAAAUUCACAGAAAAACAAAUCAUUCAAUUUAACAGGAUAUGGUGUAACAACUGAUAUAGAAACCACUUAUAUGGCGAGAAUUAUACUUUUGACCAUGAUUCCUUUUCUCAUCCUUGGAGUUGCAGAACUUGUAGCUUCACCAUCUGGUACACGUGUGCUAUUUGAGAAGAUGGACAAAAAUGGUGAUAGAUAUAUAUCAACUGAAGAACUAGAAGCAUUCAUCCUUGGAUUGCAAAUCCAAGAGGUUGGACUGUGCGAGAAGGAUUUCGUGUCAAAGAUGAUGGAAGAGUUUGAUGUUACUGGAGAUUUUCAUAUAUGUGAACUAGAGUUUAUACAUGGACUCUCAAGGUGGCUUCACAAAGCUAAUACCUAUGAAACCAGUGAGGAGCUACAAAGCUUGCUACCUCGUGGACCUCGGACUUAUUAUGUAGUCAAGAAAUACGAGACUUGCUGGAACUACAUCAAGGCUGCUUUCUUUGUCAUUUUUGGAAUUUCAAUGGCAAUUUUGCUUGCACGACCACUUAUGCAAAGUAUCCAAGAAUUCUCUAAUGAAGUAGGAAUUCCUUCGUUCCUCGUCUCCUAUGCCUUAAUACCUUUAGGCCUGAGUUGCAGACAGGCAGUAAGAGCAAUAUCUACUGCCAAUGAGAAGACAGAAAAUGCUGUUUCUCUUACAUUUUCUCAGCUUUAUGGGGGAGUCUUCAUGAACAAUAUAAUGGGCUUAGCCAUCUUCCUAGCACUUGUUUAUAUACGUGAUAUACAGUGGGAUGUCUCAGCUGAACUUCUGGUUGUUCUGGUUAUAUGCACAGCAAUGGGAUUUUUUUCAAGCUUCAAUAGGAAGUUUGCACUUUGGACAGGCAUUGUAGCAUUUCUUCUAUAUCCAAUAUCUCUAGCUAUGCUUUAUAUUCUUACCCAUAUUAUGAACUUGCCUUAA